AUGACGAGGCCGAUGAUCGUCCGCGCAGACACAAUCGAUCUGCAGAAUCCAGACGCUCCCUCCGCCAAGAACCACGGCCGCCAACAUCUACAUCCCACCGAGUCGACUGCUCCUCAUCAGGCUUCCACCCUUCGUGAAGUUGCUCACGAGACCGCCGAGGAGGAAGCCCGGAGCCCUCACCUGUCCUGGAACAGCGGGUUCGCGACCGAGGAAUCGCACAAGGAAGAACAAGAGGAUCUAGCCGCCGGCGUGAGGGGCAGGAUGACCCAGCAAGAGCAGGAGGACCAGCUGGCGAUUGCACAGAAUGGGGGCGUCUCAUCGAGCGACGAGGGCGAGGACGAUGGCGACCUGGACGAUGACAUGAUGGAUAGGAUCUCGAGUUCACCCUCGAUCGAAGAUGAAGGGGAAAACCUUGAGCCUGCGAAGCAAGGCCAGAGGGACAACCCGGCUGCCUGGCCUUAUUACGAUGACUCGAGUGACUACAGCGAGGAUGGAUUUGAUGAGGAGGAAGCCGACGACCGACGGUGCGCCGAGUUGAAGAGUGGUGAAGCUUCUAUACUUGCGACUUUGCUUGAAGAAGACGAAGACGAGGAAGGCGAUGACUAUGACGGUGAUGAUGACACUGGCUCACCCGAAUUCUCAAAUGACACUGACUACUCUGAAUUUUGCUUUGCGGCGUCUGAAUGCUUACCAAUUGAUUCAGAGGACAUCGAUUUCGACUUUGUUUAUGCGCUGCACACAUUUGUCGCCACUGUCGAAGGCCAGGCCAAUGCGACCAAAGGUGACACAAUGGUCCUUCUAGACGAUAGUAACAGCUACUGGUGGCUGGUCCGAGUUGUCAAGGAUAGUAGCAUUGGAUAUCUACCAGCCGAGCACAUUGAAACCCCAACCGAGAGGCUUGCCAGAUGGAACAAACACAGGAAUGUUGAUCUGUCAGCAGCUAUGUUGGGGGACAACCCGCAGAAGCAGAAGAGUACACUGAAUAAAAUUCGGAAGCGCUGGAAGACGGUUACCUUUACUGAGCCAACAUAUGUCGACUACUCUGACAUCGACUACUCUUCGGAUGAGGAGGACAUCGAGGAGCUGUUUGGCCGAGAUGUCACGGCAGGGUCAGGGCAGGACCAGGAUCAACAGCAGGAUCAGAAAGACAAGCAGGAUAAAGAGCAGAAAGACUCGCAGCAAGAUGCCAGCGAUGACGACAUGGUUGAUGAGCGAGCAAAGGUAGAGCCUUUGAAGACGGGUUCUGCGGGCGUGUCCAAGGUUGACUCGAAGGAGGAGGCCAAGGCCGACGGAUCCAAGGACGGCGAUGACGUUGAAAUCGAAACAAGGGACAGCACGGAGCUACUUGGUGGUCAUGUUGACAUGGUUGGCCGUUCCAGAAAUGGAACUAUGAGAAACACGGACUCGUUCUUCAAGGAUGACACGGCGGAGACGAAGAAGAUUACCCUGACUCCUAACCUGCUCAGAGAUGAUCUCGGAUCUCGCCCGUCGACAGAUUCCAUUUCUACGAAAGACAAGGCUCGUCCCAGUCUGGAGAGCAAGAUGGACCGCGAGUUUGUUUCGGAUAAAGACAAGAAGAAACAAAAGGAGAAAGAGAAGAAGGACAAGGAAAAGAAACCGAGCACCAUCCGAAGCUUCUUCUCUAGGAAGGAUAAGAAACGCACGUCGGAAGAUGAUGACAACUCGUCCGGAAAGCGGUCCAUGGACAUCAUGUCUGAGCCCCGACAGAGCGAGGAUCCAAUGGCUGAUGAGCAACAGCCUCGAUCAGCUGCCAAGCCUCAGAAACCGCAAGCCAGAGUGGAACCCUCCUUGGUACGCAAGAACUCGACCCAGAAGAAGAGCUCGGAGAUCACCAACCCCUUCUCGGAAACUCGGACAAACGAUGUAUCCAAUGUACCCCCCUCGACAAUGCGCAUCGUUGACCCCGAGACGCAAGAGACAAGAGAAGUCUCCUCGAACCAGCAACAGGCGGCCCGUGAGAGGUCGCAGAGAGACGAAAAGCCAGCUAUUGGCAAGCCACAGCAACCAUCGGUGGCGGCAGCUCAGCCGCAAAGGGUGGCUGCAGCUCAGUCUCGCAUGGAUCUCGACGAUUCUGAUAGCUCGGAUGCCGCAGAGGCCCUCUUGCACGAGACACCAGAACCGGCCCAGACCCCGACGCCGGUUAUCAAAGUGGAGACGGAGAGAGUCCGUAGCCCUCAUGUACCUGGUGCGUUCCCGGUGCUGAGCCCGAAGGGUGCCCCUACGGUUCGUGCAGUUUCCCCAGAACAGGACAUGGAUCGACUCUCCGAGUCGCCCAUCGAAGUAUCUCCCAUAUCCCCCAUCAACCCACACCAGCCCCCAGGCCUCAUGGCAGAUUACGCGCACUCACCCUCACCAGAGGGCUCGCCAUCUCCCGACCUGGUCCAUGUUGGGGAGAAUUUCAAAGAAAACGAGGCAGAGGCCCCCCAGGAGCCUGCAUGGGACGACACCAAAUUGCGGGCCUUCUUUGAUGAAGGGAAGCAUGUCCGUGAUCUUCUGGCCGUUGUCUACGAUACGUCAGACGUCGAGCCUUCGGACUCAAGCGCUGGCAGCUUGUUCCGUGAGCAGAAUGCCAGGUUGGCAGAGAUAACAACGCAACUUGACAAUAUGUUGGGAGACUGGUUGGCCAGAAAGCAGCGCUCACGAGGAACCCUCCUAUAA